AUGUCUCGUCGAGAUGUGUAAGUUUACAUUUAGGAACACCUAAAUUAAUGUUUUUGAUAAUAAAAUGUUUGAGUAUACUUCUCAAAUUUUAAGGCAAACGAACGAAGCCAAUGAGUUCCAAAAGUUUAUGCGUUUCUUUUGCAUGAGGUUUGUGCAGGCGGUAGUUCACUCCCGGAUGGAUGUCCCCAUGGAUCAGCCUUGCAUCCCCGCUCCAGAUAACAUCGAAUGGUUUAAUUUCAAGCAGGAUGAGUUCGGGGAAGUCUCUGCAUACCUAAAGACAACAGUCAAGAAGUAAGACUGUCUUUAUGCUAUUUUAUUUUUGUUUAGAUAUCCUCCUUUGAUCCCAGCAUUAGCUAUUGAAUUCUUCUUGCACACAGCCGGUGGAGAUAAUCUUCCUUUGGAGUCAUGGUAAGUUUUUUAUACCUAAAUCUUUUUGUUUCGUAAUACCUUAUUAAAUGGGGAAUGUUUUCAGGGUUGUGAGAGUGUUAUCCAUGGAGGUGGAUGAAAAUGUAAACAUUUAUCAGACUCUUUAUCACCAAUUGGGGACAUUGUUAAAGUCUGUAUGUGCAGCAGCCAGAGUAACACCAACAGCUCGGCAUUAUGUGAGGAAUCAAAGCGACAAAACCUACGUUCUGUGUUAUCGAGUAAGUUAUAUAAUAUUAAACUUGACUGUUUAGGUAUCGGAUAUGGAGCCAGAUGUUGAAUUGCUUGGUCCUGAGCGGAAGUCCAUGAGACUGGGAAAUUACCCGUCUCCCUUUGGUCUAGUCCAAUUAGAUUUCUGUUACCGAACUAGGAUGGAGCUCUCUCUUCCUCCGUUUAUUGAAGAUAGUCAUCAUCAACACCUCUCGGACGAUAAAUGCGGGAUAUUUGUUAAGGCCUCCAUCCCGAUCAGUAAGCCUUCUGGUCCAAAGCAGCGUUUAAUUUUGUUUAAUGACGCCAAGCCCAAAGCCAAGAAUUGGUUCAAUCCUUUGAGUGAGGUAAGAAGUUUCAAUAUAAUUUUGCAAAACUUUUCGCUUUUUGUUGAAUCCGGAUAUCUUUAAUAUUAGGAGUUGCCCUUUAUUGCUGAUAUGAGCCGACCAAGGAAUCCAUCUUCAAGUUCAGCUGGGUCAGAUCACGGGAUUCCGGCAAUUUAUCAGAAUCUUCCGGCCGAAUUAUUGGCAGCAAUGCCCGCGGAUAUUAAGAGCCCACGAUUAUCAGAAUGCGAAGCCACACCAAAUUCAUUGGAGUCAGUAAAUGUAAGUAGUUUAGGAAUCUCAAAUUAUUUUUGAUUUCAGAGUCAAAAGAAGGAAUUCCCGUUUAGUUCCUUGGCUAGAUCCGUAAAUUCUGAAGAUAAUAAUGGUGUUAAAGCUAAGGACCUUAACGUAUCGAAUGAAAUCCAAUCAAUUACAAGUAGCUCCUCCGGUUCUAAACGAUUCGAUAGCGAGACUUCGUCAUCAGCGUCGUCCUCCCUUCGGGAUAUGGUGAGGAAUAAACAACGGAUCCAGGAUGAAUUAUUUGGAUUCAUCGACGAGGAUGAAGAUUAUUCAAUCCCCUCUGUUUCUUCUCCUUCCACAAUUUUACCUGCCCUGUCCAAUGACGUUGAUGACUUUGGGGACGACUUAAAUCUAUUUGUCAAGGAGAUGUCUUCGGCCCCUUCAUCUAUCAAAUCAUUCGAUCUAGAUGAACUUAAACUUCUGGAUCAACAAAUUGAACAUUUCAAAGGGAAAACGAAUGGCUUCGACAACUUUGUUAAGUCAAUGAAAGUAUGA